CCACACUCUCCUUCAACUUUGGACACGAUCUCUCUUCAUUUUCUUCUUCCAUUUUUCCCAUCGUUUGCAUUUUCAACUGUGAAAAUGAUAUUGUCGAGAGUUUUUAAGGGAGCCGCCGUGAAGCUCGAACGGAGACCAGCUGAAGCACCACACAGUUUGGCGGAUAUAGUGUUCACGUUAGCAGAAGCCAUAAGGUUCUUUUAUGCAGAGACCUUGGGCAAAUGGCAUCUCUUGGAUUUGCCAAGAGCCAUUCUUUUUUCUAUCAUGGAUAAGACGAAGAAAUCAGUUCCAAUGGAAUGUGGAGAAAGAAGUGACUGUGUUCAACUGAAAGACCCCGAACUGUUAAAGGAGUUGUAUGAGCUCAAAAAAUGCUUGACUCGCACCAUGCUUUUCAGCAAGAAAAGCUUUCGUGCUUUUCUAUUUGCUGCUGGAUUUUCCAAGGAGGAUGUCCUCCUACGGAAGAGAAUAGCUAGGCUUCUGAAGCCUGCAUUCACAGUUAUACGUGAUAAAGAAUCAAAUUGUUUGUUUGUGUUCAUCCGUGGAACUCAAAGCGUAAGAGACACCCUUACAGAUGCAAUCGGUGCUCCAGUGUCCUUCAGUCCCUUCAUUUACAUAGAUGGUGAGCUAAAACAGGACAUGGUUUCAGGAUAUGGACACCGUGGUAUGGUUGCUGCAGCUCGCUGGAUCAAAAAGCACUGCACUCCUAUACUUCUUGAUGAACUUCGUAAAAACCAUGAUUACCAAAUCAAGGUUGUUGGGCACUCGCUUGGUGGUGGUACUGCUGCACUGUUGACAUAUAUGCUUAGAGAAAUAAAGCAAUUCUCUUCAUGCACUUGUGUGACCUUUGGUCCAGCUGCUUCUGUGUCAUCGGAGUUAUCGGAAUUUGGCAAACCCUUUAUCAUUUCCGUUAUAAACGAUUUAGACAUAGUACCUACUUUGUCAGCAUCUUCUGUUCAUGAAUUCAUUUACGAGGGUAAGGUUAAGCAUGAAAACAUACUAAGUGCAGCACGUGGAACUAUAACUGCUAUUGGAUCUCGCUUACCAUUUGCAUCUAGUGCUAAAGCCAUUUCGGAUCGUGCAGUAUCCCUUGGCUCGCAGGUUGUGAAGAGGCAUAAACAAAGAACUCAGUCAUUGUUAUCCUGGUCCCAGAAGCGUGACAAUGUUGACACAUUGCCAAGCUCUAAAUCAGAUACCUUGGCUGAGGUUUCUCGAUCAUCGGAGAGAAGUUAUGAAGAGAUAAUAAUCUCAGAGUCUACGACUGAUGAGGAUGAUUCUAAUUUCUCUGAUGAAGAUGAUGACAACGAUGAAAUAGACGAAGAGGAACAACUUUUAUCUGCUUUCCAGAACAUCAUUACUUCCAGUGCCUCUGACGAAGAAUUGCUGAGUCAAUUGGAGAAACUUGAGCUGCAGAAACAGGAAAAUAUUAUCCCUAUUAAGGAAGAAGAGGUCAUAACCAAAGACAUCGCUGAAGAAGAAACCAUUGAGGUUAAUCAUACUGAAGAAAAAGGUGAUGUGAUUACCAAAUCAGACAACAACAUGGAUAUACAUCCUCUUUAUCCUCCAGGCAGGAUCUUACAUAUUGUUCCUGCACCCUCUUCUGACAAUUCUGAUUCAGACUAUGAUUCUGAUCAGAAACACCUCUACUUAUAUGAAACGCCUAAACAACUCUAUGGAAAACUUAGGGUUUCAAGAAGGAUGAUAUUUGAUCAUAUGACAAAUAAGUAUCUAAAGAUGUUGCAGAAACUGAUCAAUCAACUAGAGGACCAACAUUCGCAAAACCAUGGAUGAGAGCCAAAGAAUGACGAAUGGAAAAUAUAUAUAUAUUAGGUUUACGAGGUGUCUCCUUAUAUAAAGUUGGGUCUUUUAUUGUCAUGUUGUUGUGUGUAAUGAAUUGUAAUUUGUUAGGAGUGUGCUUUGAUAUGUUAGGUUGAAAUGGUUUGCUUAAUAUUUCUGCAGUUUGUAAUGUUGAGAAGUCUUAUGAAUGAUUGUUUCUGGUUUUACUUUAA